AUGUACGCCUUUCGGGUGCUGAUCCUGUCGCUCGUUGCCAUCGGUGUCCAUUCCAGCUAUGCCCUGCCACCGUCCACAUUCGGCGAGGCCCUCGCCAGCGCCGGUCAGCUGUCGAACAAGCUGAAGGAAACGGCUGCGUGGAAAACGUUCACCGGGAUCGCACGUGACUCCGACUCAAUCAACUCGCUCGUACGUAUCAUUCCACGCACAACGAUGGGUUUCGUGAGGGAUGUAGUGAGCACGUUUAAGCGUGAAUCUCGGGCCAUCAUCCUCACACGUAAUGGUGCCCUCGAGGGUCGUCUGCAGCAGGUUAAGGGCGGUGGUUCUGGCUCAUUCUACGCCUUCAAAGGCAUCCGGUAUGGGCAGGCUCCGGUUGGUGAGCGACGCUUUCGGGCUGCUUUGCCCGAGGAACCAUGGAAAGGAGUUCGAUCUGCGGCUCGUGAGGGUUCGGUGUGUCCACACCGUAACAUGAUCCUGGACAACUACAAGGGCAGCGAGGACUGUCUGUUUCUGAACGUCUACUCACCGGAGCUACCUGUCGGUGACGAUAACCCACGACUUCCGGUGAUGGUUUGGAUUCACGGUGGUGCCUUCUCCUUCGGAUCUGGCAACGCGUUCCUCUACGGUCCGGAUUAUCUCGUACCGAAUGGAGUCGUCCUGGUGACGUUUAACUACCGUCUUGGACCGCUCGGGUUUCUAAGUGUCGGGCAGGAUGCUCCCGGAAACGCCGGGCUUAAGGAUCAAGUGCUGGCAUUGCGCUGGGUUAAAGAAAACGUGGCCGCCUUCGGUGGGAACCCAGAUGACGUGACCAUUUUCGGACAAUCCGCAGGUGCCGUAUCGGUACAGCUGCUCACGUUAUCUCCACUCGCGAAAGGUCUGUUCCAAAAGGCGAUCGCACAUAGCGGUUCGGUGUUAAACCCGUGGGCAAUAGCUCGAGACACCCGUGAGAGAGCAUUCCGGCUUGGACAGCUGGUUGGUAUCCGGACAAACGACACCCAAGAACUCUUGGCACAGUUAAGACGCACCGCUCCGCAAAAGAUCGUAGAUGCCGCCCUCAAAACACUGACAGCUGAGGACGUACGUCGGAGCAUUGGAUUGCCGUUUGUACCGUCGAUUGAGGACUGGCCUCAGGAAGACGAUGACGUGCCUGUCGAGGAUCCUCUCAUCGCUGAAGAACCACUGCAAUUGCUCAAAACCGGUCGGUACCACCACGUUCCGACGAUCGUUGGUUUUAACUCGCACGAGGCAAUGCUGUUCAUGAGACGUGUGCGCAAAGAUCCGAACCUGCUGCAGACGCUUGAUGCUGACUUCGAGCGUUUGAUUCCGUUGAACUUGCAGCUAGACCGGGAAUCGGACGAAGGCAAGCAGUUUGCAGCCAAGAUGAAGCGUUUCUACAUGGGCGAGAAGCGUGUCUCCAACGAAACCAUCCAGGAGAUGAUGAAUCUCAUGUCCGAUGUGAUGUUCCUGCACGGAAUUACCGACUACGCCCGAUUGCAUGCGUCUCAUAACGGGCUGAAUUCGACCUGGGUGUAUCGAUUCGCGUACGAUGGUGCCCUGGGCAUCUACAAACGGAUCCUUGGCAUCGACUGGCCAGGUGCUUGCCACGGUGACGAGCUGGGCUAUCUGUUCCACUUCGGAGUGCUCAAUUUGCGACUCGACAACACCUCACCCGAGCUGCAGGUGAUGCACAAGAUGACACGCAUGUGGUCCAACUUCGCAAAGUACGGAAAUCCCACGCCUUUUGGUGAAGACGAGCUGCUGCUGGGUGUAAGCUGGCCGUCGGUCAUACCGAACAGUAUGACCGAGCUGCCAUAUCUGGACAUCACUGGUACGCUGGAGAGCAAAACCAAUCCCGAAUCAGCUCGGCUACAGUUCUGGGACGACACGUUUAAGAAGUACAACGGUAACUUGUUGUAAUGCACCGCAGUACAAUCUAUAGUGGAUACAUAGCGAAUCAGCUAAGAAGUCAAUUGUAUGGGGAUUAGAGAGACAUUUAUUUAUCGAGUUGCACAAGAAAUUGCACCCGUUGGAUGGCAGAAUAGUAAUAGCAAAACGUUGGUAGCUGUACCGGGAGCAACGUUUCGUGAGCAGGAUUCUUAUUUCUCUUCUCCGAGAACUACUAACUUGACCUGAGACUCUUGUGGAUUUGAUAUGUGUUACAUUAUAGAUAUAGAUAGA